GGACAAUAAAUAAUAAGUAAGGAUAGUAAGUAAUUGUAUCAACUUUUUUUAAUUAAAAGUAACGUUUAUUACAUAUUAUAUGUCUUUUGUUAUUAUAACUUUGUACUUUUUUUUUGUCGAAUGUGAAAUUAACCAUAUUUAUGAAAUUUCAUAAUAUUGUUUUUAUGUCUAUUAAAAUACCUAAUAGCAUGGCACCAAAAAAAGUUACCAAAAAAUCUCAAGAAAAACUAGAGACUGCUAUUACUGGACCAAUAACAAAAGAUAAAUCUGGUAACCUCCUUAUAAAAAUUAAUGCCAAACCUGGAGCGAAAAACAAUAAUAUUACUGAUGUAAGUUCUGAUGGAAUAGGAGUUCAAAUAAAUGCUCCCCCCACAGACGGAGAAGCCAAUGCAGAACUAAUCAAGUACCUUUCAAAGAUAUUAGGCCUCAGAAAAAGUGAUUUAUUGUUAGAUCGAGGCUCGCGAUCUCGAAAUAAAAUUAUUGUUGUAAGUGGAACUAUAGAGAAUGUAGAAAGUCUGACUGAAAAAUUUAGAAAAGAAAUUGAAGAAAAUGUAUAAGUGUAAGUAAAAUGUCUAGCAAAUAAGUUAAAUUAAAAUUUAAUAUUUA